AUGGAGCGAAUAGACCAGAUUUGUGAGGACUUCUCGAACCAGCUUCUGAGGUUUCGUGAGAGAAACUACGAGGCUCGACCCUUUUAUCCGAAUGGGACGGCCAGAGAUGUAUUUUGGGUGAACCAACAAGGCCUUGAAGAACUAUUCCGAAUUAUAAUCCCGACCGGCGGUUUAAGCAGCGAUCGCGACCUUGUACCGGAGUUAGUACGUCGUGUCCUCCGCAGUCUCAGCAAGGUCCUUGCUGUUGUUGUUCGUAUCCGUGUCUCGGGCGACGUAGACAUUCUGCGACAAUUUCUUGACCUCAUUAUCCACGAUAACGACUUCCGCCAUUCCCCAAAGCUCACCGACGAGAGCCUCCCAAUAUCUCUUACCGACGCCGAGUCCUUCUUCCAUGGUUUUGCUAAUGAGUUUUUCGACACCCAGUUUCAGUUCUGCGCGAUAACAUUACGAAGGGAAGGGGAUAUUGUCUACCAGGAUUACCGAUCCCAAUGUCCUCUGCCGUACAAGAAGCAGGAGAGGAUAGGAGCCGGAGCUUUUGGCGAGGUCUAUAAGGUCAAAAUUGAACGGCGCCAUCUCCGGCUGACAGGUGACCGGACAGGAAACAUCGAGCCAGAAUGGAUAGCGCGAAAGGAUUUUAGAAGACACCAAUCCUUCACAGUCGAACUGGAUGCGCUGAAAGAGAUCAUGGAACAGCCUCAAAAGCAUGAUCAUCUGGUGAUGGUUCUGGCAAUUCUGCAAUACCACGACAUCAAUAGUCUUUUCUUCCCCUUGGCGACCUGUGACCUGCAGCAAUACCUGAGCGGCAAACAUGAUGGCGACCGACCGGGUCCUAUAACAUUGGAGGAGAAAGCUAUCGUGUACAAACGAGGGGUCGCGUUAGCCGGGGCGUUGGCAUUCCUCCAUGGAGGGUCAGGUGGCAAGGUUUGUCUGCAUCUUGACUUGAAACCAAGCAAUGUGCUGGUCUUUGAUGCCUUUAACCCCGAGAAAGAAAUAUGGAAGAUUACGGACUUUGGUUUGACUCGAGUGAGAAACAAUGAAUACUCGAGUCUUGCGCCGGGAGUGGAAGGGAUCUAUCUCCCGCCCGAAUGUGCUACACCGCAUGAUAGGGUCACCACUCAUAGCGAUGUCUGGUCCUUUGGUUGCAUUUUCUCGUUGGUCAUAACGUAUAUACUCCAUGGGACCAGGGGUGUGACUAAAUUUACUCUCAAACGUGGCGAGCGAGAAGAAGGUGACUAUUUUUACAUCAAGCCCAGGAACUCAACUCCGCGGGUCGCGCCUGCGGUAAUUUCCUGGUUUGAUUACCUGAGGAGGAGCGCAGCGGGGGACGAAAAGGAGUCGCAAAUGAUCCGAGAGUCGCUCGACUACCUGCAAAGCAAAGUUUUGCACCCCAUCCGACGCCAACGGGCUUCUGCGAAAGACGUCGAACUCUCCCUAAAAAGAAUCCAUUCUACCUUCACCCAAGAAGCUACUCCACGUUCCCCCACAUUUCCACAGGACCAUCCAGGUCACGCCUCGUUCCCAGACCGUGUGCUGUCCUGGCUGAAACAUAGAACCUCGGAGUCCACAAGGUCUCGACUGCAAAGCUUUCACUACAACCUCGGGACGAACGGCUUCGGAUUUAGAUUCUCCCCGGCAGAUGGCGACUACCUCGUUUUCUUUUCACCGCAGAGGAUCCUGGUUUGGACGGUGUCUAGGAUCAUGGCUGCCCUGGAUCACGGGUCGGGCAUUCCAGAGCCUCAGCUUCUUCGAAUACAGGACGGGACUAUUAGAUCAUAUGCAGUCAGCUCAAACGCCAUUUGUAACAGCCUAGAGGGGGACUCUUUUCAGUGUGUCAUUUAUGACGUUGAGACACCAUCCUCGUCCUCUCGUGUAGGUGAUGGUGUGAGAGUCUCGUACGACCACAUGGGCUCUAUCAAACGAGUUGCAAUGUCAUCAGAUGGUGCUCUCACGGCAUUUAUCAUUACGGACAGGCCAAGAGGGUCUGAGUCCGAAUGCAGGAUCUACCUUGCCUAUACCCAACACCUGAUGGACACCGCAGAGGAAGGAAACACCUACUCUAUGCCGCGCACUAGCCGCUCCAACUCUGUCUCAGACAGUUCCCUGAUGUCAAUCACCACGGCCGCCAAUCUGAUUUUUGACAGGGUCUCAGUCGGUUCGGCGGCCCAGAUGCGGUUUUUAAAUUUUACACCAGACGGGAAAUUUCUCGUAAUGGUCAAACAAGAAGGUUCACGGUUCUCCAUCAGGGCCUGGGAGACUUAUAGUGGCAGAUGCAACAAAGACUUCUCAGUGGAAAUUGCGGAACCCUGGGCUUUCCGAAACCUCUUCACUACGUGCUGCCUCUUCGUGACGAAAGCUACAGAGCCUUGUUUAGCCAUGGUAUCUGACCACCGUCGCAUCCUGCACGUUAAUCUGGCGAGGCACACGUACAAUGAUCGAAGACUCAACGUUGACGUGGAUAGUAUGUUUGUCUGCGAUGAUGGACACACCUUAGUUCUCAUCGGCAAGAACAACGGGCUGAGAGCAUACUUAUUACCUCUUCAAGCCCUGGAUAAAUCCAAGUUUAUUGGGAUCGCGAAGAUAAACCGUCUAUCAUAUACUCCCGCCCUCGAUGAUGCCGCGGUCAGAAGAGAUGCAAAUGGACAUUUGAAGCUGCUGAUCGCCAGUUCCUCUGGAGCAUUCUUUGAUAUGGAUGUCAGUGCUGAGGGUUGAAAUCUGAGUACCAACUACAAUCUAUAAUCCAGCCGAUGCAUUUUCCGCCACCGGAUCCUCUCGUCAAAGCAAGAUAGAGACACCAAAAGCACACCCAUUCCUGCCUACCGCUAUGCAAUCUAGACUC